CAUUUAAAUUUUUUUUUUUUAAUUUACGCUGGGCCCCAGUCCAACCUUCGUCCCCGCCAGGGUUUGCAAGAAAUCUACCAAGAAUUCUGCGGCGACAGUCCGCCGCCAACCGCCGUCCUACAGCCGCAGCAUCAAGAAGAGCUCAUGCAGAUCAAACCGGCACUCCGAUUAAAUAUGAAAAAUCAAGAAAAUGUACAGUUUAAUAUAGGUUCUCCCCCUCAGAAUUUCCCAGGUGCAAUUCCUCAGCCCGUUCGACCACGAAUAAGGUACCUUCAUUUCUCUCUCUAGAUCUCUGAGAAAUCUUGAGGAAUUAAGAAAGCCAUGAUUUUCACAGGAAAAAUCAGCAGAUGAAAAUGGUUCGUCAAAUGACACAAGAAGAGCUCUCUGCAGAUUCAUGGGCAUGGAGAAAAUACGGUCAGAAGCCCAUUAAAGGCUCUCCAUAUCCGAGAAACUACUACCGGUGCAGCACGUCGAAAGGCUGCGCUGCCAGUAAACAGGUGGAGCGCAGCCCAAGGGUCUCAUACUCCGGCGAGCACACUCACCCGCGCCCGACUCACCAGAGCUCACUUGCCGGCAGCACCCGCAGCAAACUCGCUUCUCCACCGCCCAAAGGCGGCAUCAAUAGCGCAGUUCUAUCCCAAAAGGGCUCGAUGGCUUCUUCUUCUUCGUCGCCCGCCACCGGAGCGAGUUUCUCUCCGGAUACUCCGACGAUAGACGCCGAAGCCGCGGCGCAGAACAACGACGUGCAGAUGGCCGAGGAGGACGACGGCGCAGGAGACGAGGACGACGAGAAUAUAAUCAUGAUCCCGAGUGAUUUGAUGAACGACGAUGAUGACAUGUUCAGAGGAUUUCAAGAUUCAGAAGAUCACUCUAGCGGCAGCGGCGGAGACUUCUUUUCGAUGUCGUCCCCGCCGUGGACAUCGACCAGCUCCCCCGGCACAUUCAACGGCGGCGACUGAGUUGCAUAGAAAUCAUUGAUGGAUCUUUGCUUUCUAGAGAUGGAUGGAAAAGAUUGGAUUUGGAGGCAUCAAGGACAAAGAAAACGGAGUUAACUCACCGUUUGAGUCGU